AAUUCACGCCAAACCAAGGAACCCCAUUUUGUUGUCUUCUCCAAAUUCAAACCAUCCAAAAACACUGCCUGUACGUUGAAGCAAUGUGGGCCCAUAUGGUCUUGAAAACAAUGUGGCCCACUUGCUACUUUUGCUUUCUGAAUCAAGAAAAGCUUGUUUCAGCCUCCAGGCUUUUUCCAUUUGAAAUUCAAAUUCAAACGGUUCUUAUAUGCACAAAAUUGUUAUCUUGUCAAUUAGUGUAGAACAAACAAUACCAAGAAGCUCAAAGCUUGGAAGAAUUUUUUUUUCAACUAGCUCAUGGGGGAACCAACUUGUCUCAUGCAGCAACAACCCUUCUCUUAUGCUUCUGGGAUUCCCAGUGAAGCCAAUCAGGGGAAUCCUCUUCAUGCUCUUGGACAAUCCGUGUCUUUCGGAAGGUUCAUGUCUGAGUCAUUAGCUUGGGAGAAAUGGUCUACUUUCUCUCAUAACCGAUAUGUUGAAGAAGCUGAGAGAUUCUCUCGCCCUGGCUCUGUUGCUCAGAAGAAAGCUUACUUUGAAGCACAUUAUAAGAAUCUUGCUGCAAGAAAGGCAGCAGCUGCUUUGCUUGAGCAAGCAAAUGCUGCUGCUGCUAACAAUGUGUCUGAACCUGCACAUGAAGGUGAAGUUCAAGAACAUGCAACCCAAGAUCCAGGAAGUGCAGCAACCGCUGAGGCAAGCUUUGUUGCUCAUGACAAUGGAGCUUCCUCGCUUGUUGAAAUGGAAAAAUCUGAAAGCAGAAAGGUGGAAGAAGUUGCUUCCACGAGAGAAAAACAAGGUGACAUGGAGGAUUUAGCUAAGGUUGAAACUUUAAACCAAGUUAAUGUUGCUGAUAACGAGGGGGAGAUGCAAGAACCAGAGCUCAGCGGAACAAAACUAAUGGAGAAACCUUUAUUAAAGGAUUUCAUCUCUAAUGAAGAAGAUUUGGGUUCAACAAACAAGAAGAAACCUGCAGUUCACUCCUCAAAGUCGUUAAUUUCUGGUAGAACAUCUAAGCUUCCAUGCACACCAGCUAAACCUGCAGCUUCAGUUCGUAUCAGAAAAGAAAACAAUGCCACUCCAAUCAGCAAGAAAUCCGCAUUAAACUCCAUUGAUAAGAAGAGAUCAACUCCAAAAUCAACUUACAAGUCUAUGAAUUUCACUCCUGUCAGAGAACUAAAUAAAAUAACUUCUACAAUUAUCAGAAAGAUUGAUGGUUCUAAAGUUUCUUCUAAUUCUAAAGCAUCAAAAGAUUGCCCAACUCCUCUAAGGACUCCAACCACGGCCUCUAUUCUAAGAGAAACUAAACGUCCUGUAGCCACCCCUCAGUCAGAUAACAGAAGGGAAAAAACACCUCGUCAUCCUUCAGCAUCUGGGAGCAAAACGGGCCGCCCGAAAUGGCAUUUCCUGCCAACUGAUUGCUCAAAGUUUAUGAGUGCCUGCAGAAACAAAUACCAAUCCCCAAAUUUAUCUACACCUUUUAAAUUGAGGACUGAAGAGAGAGCUACAAGAAGAAAAGAGAAGCUUGAAGAGAAAUUCAAUGCUAAUCAGGCACAAAAGAUGCAGUUGCAAGCAACACUCAAGGAGAAGGCAGAAACAGAAAUUAAAAGACUGCGUCAAACACUUUGCUUCAAGGCCAGGCCUUUGCCUGAUUUUUAUAGAGAAAGAGCAACAUCAAAAAAUCAGUUGGAAAAGGUUCCUUUGACACAUCCUCAGUCACAGGACCUAGGAAGAACACCCACUUCCAGAAUUGUACAGAGCAACUCUCAACCACCUCAGAGAUCUAAAUCUCCAUUCAAGAACAACAGCUCUAAGCAUUCUAUGGGAAAGAAAAGUGAUAAUUCACAUUCGCUAACCUCACGAGUCAGAUGGAUUACGAAUGAGAAUACUUCUCCAAAUAUUCAGCAUAAACGAGUAGCAAAAAGUUGAUGAAAUUGAUUUUGCAAGGAUUUCAAUUAUAGCAAAUUCAUGAGGUAUUCUCUUGUAAUAUGUAUUGUAGAAGAAAUAGGGUGCUGUAAAGUUGAUUUGUGCAUCUGAUACUGAUUUGAAUAAAUGUAGGAAUCGAAACUUUUAAAAUUGCCAUAGUUUUGACUUUGAUCCAAUGGUUAUGAUUGGUGAGUAUCUAUCUUUAGAAAAAAAAAAAAAAAAAGAAAAACAGGGUAAACUGCCAUUUGGAUCUGUAAAUCGGCUGCUGCAUCUUAUAAUCGAUUACAUCUAGACAGAGUUGUAAAGAAAAGUUCAGGAUUCAGGCAAGAGUUUGCAGGAAGUAAUACACUGCAUUUAUAAGGCCUUGGCAAUUAGACAAGUAAAAAACUAGAACCAAGAAAACCUUAAUUAACUAACUUUCAACAAGAGGUAGUUAUUUUUUUUUACUAAAUCAUCCGAUAACUAUCAUCUUUGCUGAUAGUGAAAUUUUAUCCACAGCACCAUGCAGGUGGCAAUGAAUGUCAGGAAAAAGGUUACGAUAAUGC